UUCUUCGUUUGUUCGAAAUUUGUACACUAUGUUGUCAAUUUAUUGUACUCUGUUCAUUGUGAUUACGUUUCUAGGGGCUGUUUGUGGGGAUCCAACAACACAAAUUAUCCUGGAAAAAGUUGAUAUCAAAACAGAUGAUAAUCCAUUUUUCGAUCCUUGGACAGCGAGCCUGACGGGAUCAAAUGAAAAAAAACUGACAGUGACAACACCAGCUAAAAUUGACCUCCCGAGUCACAUGAUGAUACGCAUAGUGAUAGGUUUGGAUGGUAAUGAAAUGGUCAAUUAUCAAUCAACACUGUGUGCGUUCCUUGAAGAUGAAUCAAUUGGUGAAGGAAUAGUUGCACAUGGCCUACCAAAGGAGCUGUUCCCCAAAAGAUGUCCAAUCAAAUCGGGCGCAGACUUCGAAGUAAACGAAUGGAUGUUUCCCAUGCAGAAAUUGCCACCAGGUAUUCCUGACGGUCCGGGCGAGGGAGUAAUGACUAUAUUCGAAGAGGGGAAACCUCCUAUAAUUACCCUUACAGUCAAAGGAAAGGUAAUUAACGAAUUCCCUGGAAUCGGACGUUAACUUUUGAAUUUAGGAACAUGAUUUUUAACGAAUCUCUAUUACAACUUUGAUAAUCACCGAAGGCAAAUGCAACUCUAAUACAGCUAUAAUCAUAGAAUUCACAAAAUUGAUACAUACCGCUAAUUAUUACUAGUAAUAAUACGAGCGAUAUUCAUUCAUUUCGAAUGAAAGAAUGGAUUCAAUAGGGAGGGGUGUUAUGAAUUGUGAAUAAAAAUUUUUUCAUAUGAAGACCGGCAAUUAAUAUUGUAGUAGCUAAUAUAACAUAUCACAUAUUGUUUAUGGGGGCUUUCAACGAAUAAAAUGAAAUUAGUUAUUGAG